AUGAAAGAGAUUUGGCUCAAAGACUUUAAGAAAUUCUCUGACCGUCCAGAGUUCCCAACACUCGCCAAAUUCUCCUUUGGAUACAAUGACCUCGUUAUGGCAAAAUACAAUAGCUGGAAAGGUCGUCGUGAGUUUAUCUCCAACGCAUUUACCAAAACCAAGCUAAAAGUUGCCAAUCCAAUUAUUGAACAAAAUGUCCAAUACCUUGUUGAUACAAUGAAGAAGUAUUCAAAGACUGAAGAACCUUUUGUUCCAAAAUUCUUUUGUAAAAAAUUCUCAUUAAAUAUUAUGAUGAUGUAUGCCUAUAGUACUAAUAUUCCUUUCGAAGAGGGUGUUGACGAGGGUGUUGUCAAGAGAAUUGCACAGCCAGUCGAUGAUGUUAUUCGUUUGUUAGCUGCCGGUAAUUUAGUUGAUUAUAUAAAAUGGUUAGAGCCACUCUUCCAUUUAAAAAACAAAUUUGUAAAGCAUGGAAUCGAUGUUGUAUAUGAAAUUAUGGCUGAAAUUUAUGAAGAACACAUAAAGAAUAUUGACAAAGAAAAUCCAAAAGAUAUGUUAGAUCAUCUUAUAUUAGCAAUGCCCAAUGAAAAAGAAGCAGUUAUUUUAGUUUCAUUAGAUCUUUUCUUAGCUGGAAUAGAUACUUCUGCUACUGCAAUAGAGUGGUUAAUUUUAACACUUUGUAAUCACCAGGAAAUUCAAGAAAAGAUUCAUGCCGAGUUGAAAGAAGCUGCCAAGGGUACUGGCAAGAUUGAUUUGACUCAACGUGGAGAAACCCCAUACCUCCAAGCCGCUAUCAAGGAAAUUCUUAGAUACCGAACAAUUGUACCUCUAGGAAUACCUCGUGUCGCUCUUGAAGAUGCCAUAGUAGAAGGUUAUUACAUUCCAAAAGGUACUGUGCUAAUUAAUAACAUGUAUGAAUUACACCAUAAUGAAGCAACCUACGAAAAACCACAUGAAUUCAUUCCAGAGAGAUUUUUAAAUGAUGAUAUAUCUAAUGAUUGGAUGCCAUUCAGUUUGGGACCACGUAAUUGUGUAGGUUUGAAUUUGGCAUUAGACGAAAUCUAUAUGGCUAGCGCUAAUAUCUUAUUGAACUUUAAAUUGCAACCAUACAAUUGCGAUUAUAUUGAUUUAGAUGAUAUGUUCGGUGUGACACUUAGACCUAAAGAAGAAUAUCCAAUAUCACUUCAAUUUAGAUCAAUUUAG